AUGGCCAACUCACGCUGUCUCUUUAUCCUGAUCUUUUGCCUGGGACACCUGUGCCAACAUGGAGAUGCCGCCCGCAUAGAGAAACUGGCAAACAGAAAACUAUGUGCAGACAAGGACUGUUCCUAUGCCAUUUCAAUGGCCAGAGCUCUUGAAGACUAUACUGCCUCUGACUGCAGAUACAUAAAUCUGAAGAGAGGCCAGAUGAUCUAUGUUUAUUCCAAACUGAAACCAGUAGAGGGUGCUGGAGUCUUUUGGUCUGGAAGUGUUUACAGUGAUCGAUAUGUGGACCAGAUGGGUAUUAUUGGAUAUUUCCCCAGUAAUUAUGUGAACGAAACACACAUAUUUCAGAAAGAUACUGUUGAGAUCCCCACAACUGAAAUGGAUUUCUACUGUGCUUGAGGUGAAGAAUGAGACGAGUGUUGUUGGGACAGGGCAUGCUUUACUUUGCCAUAUCCUCAUUACUCUUCUACUUUGAAUCCUUAUCUCUUGUCUUCUUUUCAUGUGAAAAGAUACAUUUCUGAAAGAGUCUUGUAAGGCGU